AUGCUUGCAAGAGAAGAUCAAGAUACUGUAGAGGAGUCUGAUGAGCAGCAAAUAAACGAAGAAUAUAAAAUAUGAAAGAAGAAUACACCAUUUCUCUAUGAUUACGUAGUAACCCACGUUCUCGAAUGGCCCUCAUUAACAGUAGAUUGGCUUCCAGUUGUUGAUGAAAGAAAUAACACAGAUUACACUGUGCACAAGCUCGUGAUAGGCACUCACACUUCAAAAUCAGAGCAGGACCAGCUCAUAAUUGCUACUGUUAAAAUCCCUACUGAAGAGUCUAUAAUAAACUCAAGGGUUUACCAAGAUAACACCAAAGAUGUAGGAGGAGUAGGACUUCUCGCUAACACUGAAAACAAAAUAGAGCUUUCUGUCAAAAUAAACCACGACGGAGAAGUUAAUCGAGUUCGAGUUAUGCCCAAAUCAGAAGGAAUUCUUGCUACUAAAAGUCCUUCAGGAUUAGUUUAUGUAUAUGAUUACACAAAACAUCCUAAAGUUUCUGAUAAAGGUCCUCAACUUAUCUUGCAAGGACAUAGAAAAGAAGGAUAUGGGCUUUCUUGGAACCCAGAAAACACAAACCUUCUAGCAAGUGGCUCAGAUGACCGCUUAGUCUGUGUAUGGGACAUUAUAGGCCACGCCGAGGCAAAUUCUAGACUUAACCCUUAUAGAGUCCUGUCAGCCCACACAAAUAUUGUUGGAGAUGUCUCAUGAAAUUAUUCGAACCCAAACAUUCUGGCUUCAGUCGGGGAUGAUAGAAAAUUAAUUUUGUGGGAUUUAAACCAAGAAAACCCUAUCGAAAUUAUUGAUGCUCACAGCAAUGAAAUAAAUUCUGUUGAUUUCAAUAAAUUUGAGGAGAAUUUAUUAGCGACAGGUAGUAAAGAUAAGACUGUAGCGAUUUGGGAUAUAAGAAACAUGCAGAAGAAGGUCCAUUCCUUUGAGUUUCAUAAAGACACUGUAUUUAAUGUCAGAUGGUCACCAACUUCUGGGACACUUCUUGCAUCAACAGGAAAGGAUAGAAGAGUGCUGAUAUGGGAUUUAUCGAAGAUUGGGGCCCCGCAAACAGAUGAAGAAGCUUUAGAUGGACCUCCUGAGCUGCUAUUUAUACAUGGAGGACACACUUCGAGCAUUUCAGAUUUCUCGUGGAAUCAUUAUGAAGAAUUAAUGAUGGCUUCAGUUUCUGAAGAUAAUAUUUUGCAAGUUUGGGAAAUGACUCGUGCAAUGUUUUCUCCAAAUGACGAAGAUUUAGAAGGAAGCGAUCCAAUGGAACUUUGCAAUAAUUAA